AUGGAUAAAACGCUUAACAUUUACCAAAAACUUCACCAAGUUCAAGCCCAAACCGGGCAAAUUAGCCGCACGGAACUCAAUAAGUUCCAAAACUAUAAAUAUUUUACCGAACAACAAGCCUUAAACAUCCUUAAACCUUUAUUAAAUGAGCAGCAAUUAACCCUCACUUUCAGCGACACUACCGGCAGCAAUAACGACCCGGCCAAAGCCAAAGACCCCGAUGUGACCAAAGAUACUGAGCAUUUAAACCGUAAAGCCGAUGGUAAAAAAGAAACCCCCGAGGAAAUCCAACAAAAAAGCCAAGCCCAAAUCCUCCAAAAUGCCUUAGACUUAGCUAAUCAAGCCCCUAAUUCUCUAACUAAUCAACAACUUUUAAGAAUUCUAGGCGAACGAAUUGCUCGCAGAGAGAUUGAAUACUUAAAUCCUUUUUUAUUUAUCAAAAAUGAGGGGCAAACAGCUAACCUUAAAAAAACCUUAAAUCUUUUAGAAGACCAAACAAUUAAAGGUAAAUACGAUGAAUUUGACCAACCUUUAACUGAACCCGGUCUGGCCUCUUUAAUGGAUGAUUAUGAAAGCGAGGAUGAAGAAGAUGAAUAA